UAUAUAAAAUCAAAAAGAAAAAAAAAAAUACAAAAUGUUAACAAACAACUUUUUUAUAUACAUAAUGGCAUAAAAAGAUAUAUAUUUAAUUAUCCAACAGAUCAUUCUAAUUAUUAUUCGUAUGAAAAUAAGGAUGAUUAUAUAAUUAAUAAUAUUAUUAUGGAUAAAAAUAUAAAACAAGAUCAACAAAUGAAAAACAUAAAAGAAAAGGAAAAGGAAAAGGAAAAAUAUAAUUAUUCAAAUUUUUAUUUAUUUAAUAAUACUCUAAAAUCAUUUGGAAAGGAUAUUAUAUCAAGUAUUAAUUAUUUUAUAUAUAAUAAUAAUGAUCAUAUAAUAAAAAAUUAUGAAAAAGAUACUUUAUAUUUUGAUCUUGAUAAGAAGCAUAUUAUAAAGUAUUUUACUUCAACAAUGAAAAAAAUAAAAUGUAUAAAUAUCAAG